AUCUCUCCUUAUCAUUCUUUCCAUUCUCACAUACAACACUCUUCUCUUCUUCCUCCUACUCCCCUAUAUAUUCCCUCUCCCCCUCCUUCCACUAACGCCAUGUGUUUUAUUUCCUACUUCCCAACCCAUAACCAUUAAUUCUUAAUUAGUUUCCUCUUGCUUUCUUCUCCUUCUAUAUUAUUACUAGUACAACUUAUCAUACACAUAUACCUCUGGUUAUAGCAGCAAACUAGGCUAUAGCUUGCACUUUGAAGAUAUUUAUACACAGACCAAGUACAACACCAAGCUCUAGCUAGCUAGGGACAUGUCUAGCCGAAGAUCCAGACAACAUUCAGGGUCUACAAGGAUCUCCGAUGACCAAAUCAUCGAACUUGUUUCCAAAUUGCGCCAACUUGUUCCUGAGAUUCGCAAUAGGCGAUCUGAUAAGGUUUCAGCGUCAAAGGUCCUACAAGAGACCUGCAACUACAUCAGAGGCUUGCACAGAGAGGUGAGUGACUUGAGCGAGCGACUGUCUCAGUUGUUGACCACAAUUGAUGCUGAUAGUGCUGAGGCUGGAAUCAUUAGGAGCCUACUUAAUCAAUGAGAGAGUGUUAUGAUUUUUUAUUUAUUCAAAGAGAGUGUUAAUUAAAUUAUAAUUAUGAUUAUUAUAAGAGUAUUGUACUUCAUUCUAGGUGUGCUGAGAGCCUGGGAGAGUUCAGUUUUUGAGGCUGUACCUCCCAUAUGGCAGGUAGGGCAUUUUCAUAACUAGUUGUUUUUCUCUUUUUUCCAAUAAAAAUUCAAGUGCUUGUACCAGCUACAUAUAUAUGUAUGUGCCUCUUUUUGUGGAUGGCCAAAAUGUAGCACUUGUUAAAUUUAUUAAGGUUCUUACUAGUUAUAUACUUUUAAUAUAUAUGGCUCCAGUCACGUAGAGGUUGGAAGUCAGAGUUGUAAGAGAUGCAUGUUUGAUGCAGAAAUAUAUAUAUUUAAUGUUUGUUUAUUCUGGA